CCUGCCGUCCACGCCUAGACAGCAGCAACAGCUCCCGCGCCUGCGCGUACUCCCUGCCCCGCCUUCUCCCCCCCACCAGCAGCCGGCCGCUCGCUCCCUCCUCCCCCCACAGCGGUUGAUAUGACGUCACCGCGCUGCUGCUGAUCCCCGUUUCGUUGACAGCGCGGCGGCGGCGACUGCCCAAAGUGCCCGGCGGAAGGGACGGUGCGGAGAGGAGGACGCGGGACACCGAGCAGGGUGGAGGAGGGCUCACCGCCUGUGGAGGAUAACACGCACUGCACUGAGGGCCCGGAUUUCGCGCCGCGCCCAGCCCGUCAUCUCCAUUCCCCGCACACCGGCUUCCCUGCGUCAGUGUCCCUCCCCUCCGUGUGUGUGAGCCGUGCCCGCCCUGCCUCAGGAGCUGCCGGCCCUGCAGCGGCCAUCGCCCGUCGGAUGAGUCCUCCGGUGGAAUGAACCCUCCACGUUGAAUGACUCCAAGCUUUCUUUGGGAUAUUGCUUGUGGCUACAACGUUUCUCUUAGCUGAAGCCACUCUGUGGCCGAAUUCAUUGCAGAUCCGGAGUUCCUUAGGAUUUGUGUACUCCUGAAGGUCUCCAUUGCUGUUUUGAUCUCCUGGGACUUCAUUCAUCAUGGUCUUGUCACAGAGACAACGAGAUGAGCUAAAUCGAGCGAUAGCAGACUACCUUCGUUCCAAUGGCUAUGAAGAGGCUUACUCUGUUUUUAAGAAGGAAGCAGAGCUAGAUAUGAAUGAAGAGCUAGAUAAGAAGUAUGCCGGCCUGCUGGAAAAGAAAUGGACAUCUGUUAUCAGAUUACAAAAGAAGGUUAUGGAAUUAGAAUCCAAGCUAAAUGAAGCAAAAGAAGAGUUUACUUCUGGGGGACCGAUUGGCCAAAAGAGAGACCCCAAAGAGUGGAUACCGCGCCCUCCUGAAAAAUAUGCACUUAGUGGUCAUAGGAGUCCUGUCACUCGCGUCAUUUUCCAUCCAGUGUUUAGUGUUAUGGUCACAGCUUCAGAGGAUGCAACAAUUAAGGUGUGGGACUAUGAGACAGGAGAUUUUGAACGCACACUCAAGGGACAUACAGACUCUGUGCAGGAUAUUUCAUUUGACCACUCUGGCAAGCUUCUGGCCUCUUGCUCUGCUGACAUGACUAUCAAGCUAUGGGAUUUCCAAGGAUUUGAGUGUAUUAGGACCAUGCAUGGUCAUGAUCACAAUGUGUCUUCAGUAGCUAUAAUGCCUAACGGAGAUCAUAUAGUGUCUGCUUCAAGGGAUAAAACCAUUAAGAUGUGGGAGGUCCAGACCGGGUAUUGUGUGAAGACUUUCACAGGGCACAGAGAAUGGGUCCGUAUGGUGAGGCCUAACCAAGAUGGUACACUGAUUGCAAGCUGUUCUAAUGAUCAAACUGUUCGCGUUUGGGUGGUAGCAACAAAAGAAUGCAAAGCAGAGCUUAGAGAACAUGAACAUGUUGUAGAGUGUAUUUCUUGGGCUCCCGAAACCUCACAUUCCACUGUAUUGGAUGCCACAGGAUCUGAGACCAAGAAGAGUGGUAAGCCAGGACCCUUUCUGCUAUCAGGAUCCAGAGACAAGACUAUUAAGAUGUGGGAUGUCAGUACUGGCAUGUGCCUGAUGACACUUGUUGGCCAUGAUAACUGGGUACGUGGAGUUCAGUUUCACCCAGGAGGAAAAUUUAUAUUGAGCUGUGCCGAUGAUAAAACCCUUCGCAUUUGGGACUAUAAGAACAAGCGCUGCAUGAAGACCUUAAACGCGCAUGAACAUUUUGUUACCUCUUUGGAUUUCCACAAGACUGCACCGUAUGUGGUCACUGGAAGUGUAGAUCAAACAGUAAAAGUGUGGGAGUGCCGUUGAUUUGAAUUCACCUUGGAUCACCCAUCGCCUCCCCCCUUUCCUCUGGAUGCACUCAGAUACCAUGGUUACCCAUUGAGCUCUGUUAAAUACCUAUUGUCCUUUCAUGUAAAUUAUUCUGGAUGUAGAUUGAGCUUAUUAAAUGUUACACAAAAAGUAUUCCUGCAUGGUGAAUCCAAAUUGUAUACUGUAAAUUUACAUACGUUGUCUAGAAGUACCAUAGGUUUAAGAACAUGGGCAGGCAUUGGUCACAUCAGACCUAACAGGCAAGCAGAGGGUAAUUCUGGGGUGUCCCUUACUCUACCUGCAGAAUCGUGCCUGUCACUCUGUCUCCAUUUGUGGUUCCCUGGAUCAGUGGGCUCACGUCAGAAGCACAUCUUUGUGGGGCUUUUUUUGAAAAGUAAUGUGGAUCUACUACACUAUUUUUAGUGAGCUUUAAAAUUGUACACUUCGCGUUGGAGUGCCUGCAGAAUCGGAUUCUUUGUGUUGCGGCAGCACUUGUCUUUUAUGUAUGUAAAAAUUACUGCAAAACAUAGCACUAAAUAUUUUGUUGCAGGUAUUAAACUUCCCACAACAUU